AUGUCUCCCCUGCACCGACGGCCAACAGUCCCUGCAUGGACAGACAGGAUGGGCGGUGUAGAUAGACAGCAGAGUGAGCAGCAGCAGCAGCAAGAGACAGCAACAGCAGGCCAACACGAGAGACCAAGCAGCAGCAGCAGCAGCAGCAGAAGAGAAGCCAGCACGGCCAAGGACGCCGGCUCGUCCAGGGGGAAGGACGAAGCAGAAGAAGAAGAAGAAGAGGAAGAGGGCCCUCUCCCCCCAAAGGAACCCCAAAGAAAAGGCUAG